CAGGUGGAACCGGAAGCGGAAGUGGGAGCGCAGAGGGGGUGCCGGCGCGCGCGGCUGCGGCCCCGCUGAGGGGCAGGACCACCACAGCCCCUCCAGCCCCGGCGAUGCCGAUGGUCUCCUUUCCACCAUGCUCCUUGUGUCCUACUCUGCCUGUGCUCUCCUCCUGGCUGCUUGCCUGGCGCUGGAGCUGGCGGCCUGCCGCUCCCGCCACCCCGCCACUCCCCACCAUGCCAACCCAGCCUUCCGCCACUUCCAGCGUGGCUACUACUUUGGCUAUUUGCCCGCACUCGCUGCUGACUGGCUGCAGGGACCCUACCUCUACAAACUGUACCAGCACUACCACUUCCUGGAGGGACAGAUCGCCAUCCUCUACGUCUGUGGCUUCGCCUCCAGCAUUGUUUUUGGGUUGGUUUCCUCUUCUUUAGUAGACCGAUUGGGUCGGAAAAAGUCCUGUGUCCUUUUUUCCCUGACCUACUCAAUUUGUUGUUUGGUCAAACUCUCCCGGGAUUAUCUGGUGCUGGCAGUGGGGAGGGUUUUAGGAGGGUUGUCCACAGCGUUGCUCUUCUCCGCCUUUGAGGCGUGGUAUGUCCACGAGCAUGUGGAGCGGUAUGAUUUUCCAACUGAGUGGAUUGCUGUCACCUUCUCCCAGACUGCUUUUUGGAACAACGUCAUCGCCGUCGGGGCAGGAGGGGCAGCUGAUUUCUUCGCUGAGUGGUUGGGGUUGGGCCCGGUGGCUCCAUUCAUGGUCUCCAUCCCCCUCCUGGUGCUGUCGGGGGUCUUUGCCGUGAAAAAUUGGGAUGAAAACUAUGGAAAGAAACGAGCUUUCUCCAAAACCUGCGGUGAUGGUUUGAAGUGCCUCCUCUCCGACCGGCGCAUCCUUCUCCUCGGCACCAUCCAGGCUCUGUUUGAAAGUGUUAUCUACAUCUUCAUCUUCCUCUGGACCCCUGUCCUGGAUCCCCACGGCGCUCCUUUGGGCAUUGUCUUCUCCAGCUUCAUGGCUGCCAGCAUGCUGGGCUCCUCGCUGUACCGCCUGGCCAUCUCCAAGAGAUACCACCUCCAGCCUAUCCACCUCCUCUCCCUCGCCGUCCUCCUGGUCUUCUUCUCCCUCUUUAUGCUCACCUUCUCCACCAGCCCCGGCCAAGAGAGCCCUGCCGAGUCCUUCCUCGCCUUCCUCCUCAUCGAACUCUCCUGCGGGCUCUACUUCCCAGCCAUGGGCUUUCUCCGACGGAAAGUAGUGCCAGAGAAGGAUCGUGUGGGGGUGAUGAACUGGUUUCGCCUCCCCCUGAACUUACUGGCCUGUCUGGGCUUACUGGUCCUCCACGACAGCGACCGUCAGACAGGCACCAGGAGCAUGUUUGGCCUUUGUGCGGCCGUCGCGCUGCUGGCUCUGCUGGCCGUCGGCCGCCUCUUCACGCUCAGCCGCCACGAUGCCGAGCUCCGCCUGCCCGCUCCUUCGGGACAGAGCGACACCGCUGAUGCCGUGCCCGAGCUGUGACAGGGCCCUGUGAUAUGUGUCACCCUCCGAGAGACUGCGGAGGGGGCGUGGCGACACCCUGACCCACUGCUACUGGGUGAGUGGCCCCCCCUGGUGGCUGGUGACCCCCAAGGUGUCCUUGUUCGCACUGCCUCUGGUGGCAAGGGGGCAGAAUCACAUGGGGAGGUGUAUUCUUUUUAUAAUAAUAACAAAAUAAAAGGUGUUUCUGCAGAUCCCGCCCCCUCCCGCACAAUUUUUGCGGGGAACCUGCUCUGGAUCUGCCUCCCUGCCCGGCACCAGCGGCUGUGCAAGCUGCACACUGGACCCUUGUCCCAAGCAGCGGUGCACAGAGCCACACUUGCACAAUUGUUCUUGGUGCAUGGGGGCUCCGUGCACACCAGCAUUUGGUUUGCACGAUCAUCCCUGGUGCGCAGGGGCAUUUCUGCAUCCACUGAUUUUUCUGUUGCACCAAGACAUGACUGUCCCACUCCUCACAGAGCCGUGUCUCCAGCGCCUCACUGCAUGCUGAUCUGCCAGCAUCCCCUUGCACACUUCCCCUCACGUCAGGGCUGCGCUGGGCAGUGAGUCUGGUACCUCGCUGCACACCGGCAGCCGCGUUGCAUGCCAGUCCCCACAUGCCUGCGGCACAGGUGUCCUUGCACACUCAGUUCCCCUUGCACAGGCAUCCUUGCACACCCAUUCCUCACUGCACAAGCAUCCUUGCACACCUGCUCCACCUGAUACAGGUGCUCCUGCACACCACAAAGCUGAUGUGCACUGGUCCCUGUGCACCAGCACCCUGUUGCAUGCUGCCUGUGUGCGCACCACCAGCCACCCCUGCACAUCCGUGCCUGUAACGUGGGGGCCUUUGCACACCCACAGCCAUGGCGGAGUUACGGAUUUACACACAUGGUCUGCCAUAAUAGGGUCCAACCCUGGGAUCCCACUGAUUAAUGACAGAUCUGGUUUCCAAUUCUUUUAUUAGUUCUCAAGUGACAGCUUGAGCUGGGUGCCUCCAGAGGUGGACCCUUAUCCCAGACUGCAUCCCCCAAUUAUACCUGUACCACCUAGCACUCAAUCCUCAAGUCCAACCCCAAAUCCAGUCCUUUAAUUCUGUCUGGUGGUCUUUUGAUUUCUUAUGGAGUUUAACUUCUGAAGUAACCUCAUUCUCUUGGGAUUCGGCCUGCUGAAGUGGGUCCAGAGGAGGACCACGAAGAUGAUCGGAGAGUUGGAGCAUCUCACCUAUGAAGAAAGGCUGAGAGAGCUGGCAUUGUUGAGCCUGGAGAAGAGAAGGCUCCAGGGAGAACUUAUAAUGACCUUCCAGUACCUAAAGGGAGCCUACAAGAAAGACGGGGACAGGCUUCUUAUCAGGGCCUGUUGCAACAGGUCAAAGGUAAUGGUUUAAAAGAGGGAAGAUUCAGACUAGGCAUAAGGAAGACUUUUUUUAUGAUGAGGGUGGUGAAACACUGGCACAGGUUGCCCAGAGCGGUGGUUUAUGCCCUAUCCCUGGAAACAUUCAAGGUCAGGUUGGACAGGGCUCAGCGAACUGCUUGGGUUAAAGAUGCUGAGGGUUGUUUCAGUUACACAGCAGUCUUGGCUGGAUUUGGGGGUUCAUGUAGAAUUUACCCAUGUAGAGCUAGAAGCAUUUGGACAACACCCUCACACACACAGGGUGAAUAUUUGGGUUAUCCUGUGCAGGGACAGGAGUUGGACUCGAUGAUCCUUGUGGGUCCCUUCCAACUCAGGACAUUCUAUGAUUCUAUGUCCCUGUUCAUUGCAGCGCGGUUGAACUGGAUGCCCUUGAAAGAUUCCUUUCAAUCCAAACUAUUCUAUGAAUCUAUCAAUUGUUUUCUUGGUCCUUCUCUUCAUUCCGCUCCCAUCUGCUGGAUUCACAGAGUUCUGUGUUUGUAGCAUAUCCUGCUUCUGUCUGGAAAAGGGUUAAUUUCCUGGGUUUGGUGGGGAAAGAGCUAUGGUUCACCAGAAGCUGGGAGGGUUCACAGCCCUGGCAGCCGACCCAAACUGGUCAGCAACCGGUUUGGGGUUUGAGUUUCACAGCACAGGUAGGGUGCAGCCAUGCACAGCUUGGUUGGAAUUUGGAUGAGGGGUUUCCUACCUGGGAGCGGCCCGGCUUUGGUCUUCUGGGUGGGGAGCGAUUUGCAUUGUGUGUCACCUGUUUUGUAUAUUCUUUUAUUGUUGCUGUUGUAUUUUCUCUCCCUUUGCUGCCCUGUUAAACUGUUCUUAUCUCA